CUCCAUCAAGUUUACACACUUUGAGACGAUCCACAACGGCUGGGACCAACCGCGCGUUCAAAAGCAGUUUUGCGACGCGGCCCUCGCGACGAGCAACUCCAAGACGCAGACCGUGGGGAGCUUGAUCUUGAUUACGCACUCGAUGGGCAACUUGAUUGUGGGUGGUGCCGUCUCGGCGGGUGUCUGCAACCUCUCGAGCCAGGUGUCGUGGCUCUCGGUAAGUGGCCCGAUGACGGGCAGCAAAGGUGCCAACUUGCUCGAGAACAAGUGUCGGUCGAACUCGUGGAUUGACAUUCCGCUCAAGGGCGCCGCGUCACUGAUCGGGUUUUGCCCUGCGCCGGAGGCUUUUCUGAGCCUGAAGCAGCAAUCUACGGUGGACGCCGCGCUCCAAGCCAAGUAUGUCAAGGCACAAGCGGUGCGCAAGCAGUACGCGACCAAAACCAUGUGCGGCGUCAGCUCGUGGGGCCUCAACACGGUUUACGCUCCCGUCAUGUUUGUCGUGGCCCAAAUGGCCCAGUACGCUUCGUCUCAGAACGACGGUAUGGUCGAGUACUCGAGCUGCAACGUCGGUCUCAGCGGCUUCUCGAGCGACCCGACAUCGUCGGGCAACUACGUCGCGAGGAUCAACCACGCCGACGCGACCUUCCGCAACGGCGACGGGUGGUGGGGCAGCGACCGCAAGCCCGUCAAGUGGCUUGAGUGCGCCUUGUAA